AGCUGGUCGCUGCUCAUCGCAAAUCCUCAGUUGAAUAUUGGCAGGACGUGCAACCGGUUCGAAGCCGAUCAUUCCCACCCCACCCAUACACAUUCAUCAAGUACUCAAAUUGGAAAGGUCUCUAUCUUGUGUUUAGACAUAGGGCCCAUCACUCCGUAUAUGGCAAACAUGAACGAGAUGUGGACGGAUUUCGAGUCGGUUAUCUUGGGCAACGAAGCCAUGUCCGAGGACCACCCAUCCAGUCCGAUCCGUCAAACGCCAGAUCUCUUUGGCAUUAACACCACCCCAACCAUGAUCAAAGAUGAGCAAUCGCCCUCGACGCCCAGUAGUUAUUGCUCCCGAUCAUCACCGGAAUAUCACAUGGAUCAUUACAGCUCCAGUAGCAACAAUAGUGAUGGCAGUUUGUCUCCGCAUUAUUCCAUGGGCCCCGAGAGUCUUUACUACCAGGAAUACCCUCAACCCAUCCAUCAGUCAAGCUACUCGGCCUAUCCAACCUCGUCCCAUCAGCCUGAAAUGGACGUGAACGUGAACAUCAAUCUGAAUUUGCUGCCCAUGCAAUCGCAAGGUCAAUAUCCUAACCACAUCAACCACAGCAACCACGGCAACCACGGCAACCACGGCAACCAAUACGGUGGUUACUUCCAGCCUUAUUCGUACGAAGACCAAUAUUACCACAACCAUCCCCACUCGUACUCGACAUCUUACAACACUCCACCCCAAGUGCAAUACAGAGUGCCCACCAACGGUCAGAUCCAGGUGUGCCACACCAACGACUCCAUUGUGGAGUGUUCCACCAAACCCAUGAGCGCCAGUAGUUCAGCCUUGACCAAAACGGGGAAGCCCAAACGGAAGCGGAACUACGCCAAACGGAAGACCGUCAUUCACUCGUGUCCCACGGAGGGCUGUCCCAAGACUUAUACCAAGUCCAGUCACUUGAAGGCCCAUCUGCGUACUCACACGGGCGAGAAGCCCUACGUGUGUCAUUUUAAAGGCUGUGGCUGGAAGUUUGCCCGCUCGGAUGAGCUGACCCGACACACACGGAAACACACGGGGGAUCGACCAUUCCGUUGUCGUUUGUGCGACCGAGCCUUUUCCAGGUCCGAUCAUCUCUCGCUACAUAUGAAGCGACACAUGGUGGUCUGAGAUGGACAACCACCGGCCAGAGAUAGACAGACUUACUAUAAACCAUUCUAUUUUGUCUUGUACUGAUUAUUUUUUCUCUUAUAAUUUGGGCUGUGAUGAUCAUCAUGUCAAGGCAUACCUACAACAUGUGUAAUAAAGUUCUUGGAAUAGCA